CGGUCGUUCCGUUCUUGUUUAUGUUUACCGCACUCGUGGGAGAAGGAAAGAAGUAACAUCAUAAAGUCGUGUAUUGUGUCAUGGAUCCUGAACUUCAAAUCAAAUUGGUGACAAAACAAGCAGAACAUGCUGUUCCAGAUACAGUAUUUUCUGUUCCUGGAGCAUUCACUGUGAAAAACUUAAAUUCUCUUGUUAACUCCUUGAUUAAAGCGAACUCUGAAGAUUAUAAAGAAGAAGAAUUCGACUUUCUGCUCUUUGGAGAAUUGCUUCGCCUAAGCUUAUCGGAGCAUGUUGAAGCUAAAAAGGAAACAACUGAAAAUGUACUUGAAAUUGAAUACUUUCUGAAAUAUCCAGCUCCUUCUCCUGAAAACAGCCUGAUACAUGAUGACUGGGUUAGUGGUGUAAAUGCUACAGAAAAAUGGAUCUUAUCUGGAUGUUAUGAUAGUACCGUUCAUAUAUGGAGUGUUGAUGGAGAACAUACGUUGACAAUCCCUGGUCAUACAGCUCCAGUAAAAUCUGUUGCGUGGUUGAAUCAUGAUAACUCAAGUAGCUCUUUUAUAAGUACCUCUCAUGAUGAAACAGCUAUGUUGUGGCAAUGGAAUCAAUCAACUAAUGCUGUAGAUUGUAUACACGUUUGCAAAGGACAUGCUCGAAGUGUUGACUGUGUUGCAGUGAAUCCUGCUACAAAUAGAUUUGCCACUGGAUCUUACGAUCAGAUGUUAAAAAUAUGGUCGGCUGAUGAUGAAAGUGAAAAUGCUGGUGGAGAUGAUGAUAAGAAAAGGUUCAAAUCAGAUUCUCUGAAAACAAAAGUGAAGACUCCUUUAAUGACAUUGAGCGGUCACACAGAUGGAGUGAGCGGCAUACAGUGGACUGACACAAGUGAAGUUAGCACCUGUGGUUUAGAUUGCACUCUUAAGAUUUGGGAUGUUGAACUUGGUGGACUGAAAAGUCAACUGAAUGGUUCAAAAGCUUUUCUCGCCAUUUCAUAUUCACCUAUAUCAAGAUUAAUUGUGUCAGGAUCCUCUGAUCGCCAUGUUAGGUUGUGGGAUUCUAGAUCAAAAGAUGGUGCCCUGGUUAAAUCUUCAUUUUCCUCUCAUAAUUUAUGGGUAACAUCUGUAAAAUGGUCACCAUCUGAUGAAUACCAGUUCAUAUCAGGAUCUAUGGAUUCUCUGGUCAAAUUAUGGGACACAAGAAGUCCGAAAGCACCUCUAUUUGAUAUUUCUGGCCAUGAAGACAAAGUGCUUUCUGUUGACUGGUCUUCCAAAGAUCUUAUUGUUAGUGGAGGAGCUGAUAACCAUGUUAAGUUGUAUAAAUUUAAAGGUAAAACUGAAGAAGCCAUGGAAAGUUAAGUUGUAAAGGAAAAAAAAAAAAAAAAGCUGUAAAUAAAUUAUUUUAAAAACUUUCUUGCAGUUAGUCAACCCAGGAUGUAUAUUUAUUAAUAAAGAUAAUAAUAGCAAAUAC